GUGUCAAUAAGAGUUACGAAAGGGCGAUUAUCAGCAUGGCUAGCGGCCUGAAAAGGACCUGGUCAUGCCAACGAUUGUUCUGACGUGGUCACCACGAACCAGUUCUUCGUGGUUUUAGUCCCCUGGGCUCACUUGACUGGACUAAACGCUAUUACGUUCUAUUGUUCAGGCCCGUAAUAAGGCCAGCAUUGUCCCACUCUAGUCGACUCCACGUAAAGGGCAGGACACGAUUAUUAACGAACGCACCACGAGAGUUAUAUAGUAAUUUCUGAAUGAUUUCUAAUUAAAAGACCUGUGGUUUAUGAUAGGUGUCAACAGGAGUAGGAGAAUACCAACUGGACAUUCUUCAGUUAUUCUUAGAGUAUGUUUGGGAAAAGAACCCACCCGUUGCUUGCUAAAUGUGAUUCAUGGUAUUUGUUGAUGCCCAGGUAUUUGUAACAUUCUUUCAGCCAAAAUUCUUGAUUUAAUGUAGAUUGCUGUGCCUGGUACGCUGAAAAAUUUGAAUUAAAUUUCAAAUAUGAAUUAAAAUAAAACAAUAAGUAUAUUGUUGAAUUAAACAUUCAUAUACAUGCAAGAGUGGACUUUGGGUAAAUCUGAAAACAAAUUGUUGAAGAUGAUUUGGGUUUUGAUUUUCUGGAAUAAUAUACUGUGAUCACACUCAUCGGAAGAUUGUUAAUAUCUGGAUGUCGCUUUCUGAAGUCAAGGCUGGUGUAGCCAAUAGGACAAGUGCACGAAUGUCCAGAAAGAAGAGCCAUGCGGCCAACAAACAUGUGACUAUAACAACAACCGAAAUCAAUGAGGAUUUCAGAGAUGAUUCGUCAGAUGAUGGCGAUAAGAAGGUACGCGACUCCCCAGUGACCACCCUGCGUAACAUGUACAGGCAGAUGUGCAACGUGCUGCGCGUGAUCCCCAGCACGCGCUUCACGCGCCAGCUAGGAUCCACGAAGGUGGUCAUCAAGGAUUAUGGACUACACAGGAAAGAACUGAGAGCCAUCAUCGCCACUCUCCUGAACGAUUCGGAGUUUCGAGAAUUGGAGUUUAUAGGACAACGAUUCCAGAGGAAAGAAGCUACCUACAUAUCUCGUUUAGUGCACGCCAAGCCCAUGUUGACUCGUCUGGUGAUUUCAAACAACCACUUGAGCGGCCCUUGCAUGAAGAUUCUGUGUGCUGCACUUAUAGACGCCUCUGCCGUGAGACAUCUCAAUCUCUCUGGAAAUGGUUUGCUUGACCACGACUCGGACAGUGUCAUUAAACUGAUCGAAGAGAUGUCGGGUCUGAGGGAAUUGAUUCUGAACAACAAUGAGCUCGGCGCCUGCGGCAUUCAACUAGGGAAGGCAAUCGGCGAGAACGACACUAUCAAAUUGCUUGACCUGAGCUGGAAUCAUAUCAGAGGACAGGGAGCUGUUGGGAUUGCCAGAGGUCUUAUGGAGAAUACAAGUUUGAAAAACUUAAACCUUGCGUGGAACGGGUUCGGCUUUGAAGGGUGCGUGGCUCUGUCACAGGCUUUACAACACAACACCAACCUACAGAUACUCGACCUGAGCAACAACCGAAUACACCCACCAGCCAUCUGGCAACUCAUCGAGGGCGUCGUCCAGAACAAGACGUUGACUACACUGAAGCUAGCUCUGAACCCGAUUCCAGCUAAUGUAAUUUCAGUUGUGCUCGAUAGGAUAUUCAAGAAUAAACACUGUGGACUUAAAGAACUCGACUUGCAGGGUAUUGUUGUGGAUAUGAACUUUCUAGAAACGUUGGCUAUGCUGGAGAAGGAGCGUCUGUUUCUGGUCCGCUACGAGACGAUUCUAAGAAAGGGCGAUAAGAGUCUGGUGGAUGUCACGUGUAAGAACGUGUACAACGUGGACCCGAUCAAGAUCCUCUUCUUCAUGAAGCACCACCUCCGCUCUAUUGAUCUGUUACUCAGAUAUGAUACAGACUCCAACGGCGUCCUCUCAAGGGAAGAGCUUAAGAACGCAUUUGAGGCAGAGGGCUACCCGAUCAGCGACUCAGCACUGGACACAGUCAUUAACUACCUCGAUGUAAACAAUGAUGGACAAAUAGACCUAAUUGAGUUGAUCGAAGGUGAGAGGAAGAUGAAAAGAAAGCAACUAAAGAAGAAACAAGACCAAGAUUAUCUCCUGAAGCUGGGAGAUCUGUCAAAGAAAACCAAAAUGGAUGAAUUUUCACAGACAUUCAAGAAACCCCAGAAAACACUUCCCACUCAGAAGAAAAAGUAAACAUACAAGUUCUGUCAUGUACGACAUAUUCUCCAACAAAAUAACAUCUGUGACAGAAACAUGCUUAAAGGCAGCAUGAUAACAGUUUACUCUGAAGUCUCUACUAAAAAAACCUCUAUGAAUUAUUCUCAAACCCAGUGCAUAUAUACUCCUGGCCACACAAAUAUUUGUAUUUGAAUGUCGGGCAACAAUCUGGGAUACAGAAGACAACUGAAAAUGUUUGUCGUUAAACGGAGACCUGUUUCAUAACAAUUCACAGAAUAGUAGAUGUGAUAAGGAAAACGGUAUACAACACCGUCUCUAAUAGGGCCAAAUUUACAAAAGGUGCUCAUCAGGGGCCUAAUUCACAAAGCUCUCUUAGGCUGUGCUAGACAACAAAGCAUCCUCUUUGCAAGUCUUUUAGCAUUGCAUUGCGAGAGUUUAGUGAAUUAGGCCCCAGGUGUUCAAAUGUUUAUCUUAAAUGCAUGAGAGUCUGGAACAUGGAAAAAAAUAAGACUUGUAUGCUUGUGGUUAAACACCUGUGAUUAUCAUAAACUGUUAAAUAUAUAGCUAAGGGAAGUUACAUGCCACUACCUUGUGUUAAAUUGGCCAAAACUGGGUGGACGGGAUCCUAAAGUUGUUCUUUUAUGGAUGUGUGAUUGAUCAGCAGGAUGAAGCAUACAUUAGGGCCUUUCUCUACAUAUUUUAAUAACAAUAUAAUAUGCAUGCAGUUGUAUAUAGUUGUAAUGUGGAGGUUCGCCCCCCAAAACACAAUAUAUUGUUUAUGAGACUGAAAUCACUGUGAGAUCCAAAUACUAUACCAGGACACUUUUUGCACAGAAGCAUCAAUAAUGUGCUUGUAAAUGAAUUUUACCACUUUUAUUUUAUAUUUUGUGUUUAGCAUAUGUACUUCAACAAAUGUGAUAUGGACACCUGUAACACAAUCUGAGUGUAUUAUAAGAAUUAUACACGAUAGUUAAAUCAUAAAACUGGAAGGACAUUUUGAGACAAUGUAGUUCCUUUGUAAUGUGAUGCAAGAUGUACUGUAAAUAUGUAAAUAAAGAAAUAAAACUAUAUGACAAUAUGAUAAAUAGUUUGUAUUCAAUUACUUCUAUGACCAAACAGUACACUAUAUACAUUGUACUCAUUUUAUUUUAAUUGCUGUACCAACAGAGCCAACAAAAUAACCCAUAGUAGGACCUCAAGCUGGUUCUUCAUUCAUAAUGUCCUGUUCUUUCAACAUCUUUAGCCAAAAUAUAAUUUGGUAUACCUGUUUUAAGACUUCGCCAUAUACCUUCCAGAUCACCGAGAAUAGAACAAGAUAACAUGAUCACACACCCAAAUCACUUAAGAGGGCUAUUGCUGAUACUCCCAUUUAUAUUCAAAUUAAGUACACAGAAAAGUAGUAAGAGUAGAAGACAUAGCCCCUUGUCAAAAUAGUCUAUUUAUUAAGAUUUGGUCAAAAAUUAAGAACCAGCAAGCAGUAACACAGCUUGGUGAAAAUGAAGAAAAGUUCUCUUAAGUAGCCCAACUGCUUGAUUUUGAUGGAGUCUUAGUACAGGAAUGCUGAAAUGGACACGGCUGCAUAAAGCAAGGUAUAUGCCUAAAACUCUCAAGGCUAUAAGAAUGUGACUUUAAUUUGAAUGACCAUAAAGCCACUCUCUUUGCAUAAUCAAGAAUACUACAACACAAAUAUGAAUGACAACAACAAUAAAAAAAACCCAUCUUCUUCCAUUUUCUUUAACUACAUGUGAUGAUU